GGAGAAAUUCUAAAUAUUUCCAGUUGAAAAUUUUGAUGGAUAAAGACGAAAAUCAGAGUAAAAGGGCAAUCUUGUCUUCCGAGGAAAAAGAGAGUGAUCCUAGUUGAUAUGGAUUAUCUUAGAAUGUGCAAUAUUGUGCAGGAUUCCUUUUUCUUGGGUUUGUAUAUGUUGUAAAUGUCUAUAGCUUUCUCGUGAACUAUCGUUCUUAGUUCAGUUAUCAUUUGCACUUCUCAUCGUUACUGGUCAUGUCUGCUUCUUUUAUCAGUUAAUAUAUUGUUUUAUGUGUUAUGGCCUUAUCGGAAACUAUCCCAUUUCACUUUGCCGCCAUAACGUGAGACAAUCCUAAAUGGGGUUUGGUCGAUUCAAAUGAAUUCUGAUCAUGAAAGCGGUGAAAAUGGAGCGAUUGGAAGUACACGAUCGAAGCCCAAUAUCACCGGUCCACGUCGAACCCAUGCUUGUGUUGACCGAGUAUAAACGGCUAGUCAAAGCGAAACUUUCUGAAGAAGAAUGUGAGCUCCAUGAAUAGCGGAAUUUACAAACUUCUCGUGGCUGAUAUGCUUCAUUCCCAGCCUGUCCAUGAUGAAUACGAACAUAUAUUCAAUUCAGGUAAAAAGAGAAAAAAUAAUAAAAGGAUCUGUCUGGAACAUCUUGCAUAUGUCUCUGCUAUUCUUCGCCAGUCCUGCUAUUUCUGUUUAUCAUUUUCUCCCCUCAGUUAUGUCAAUUUUUUUCCUUGAUACUUUUUUCCUAGCUAGUGUGUGCAUUAUUUACAAUAUUUUUUUUUCUGUGCAAUAUUAAUGUUUUAAUAUAAAGUUUAUUAUGUAUGUAUUGAUUAAAAUGUUUGGAGUACAUAGCUUUAAUUUCUUUCAGCGCAUUAGAGAGUGAGAAAAAAGCAAGUGCACUUUCUAGGGACAAAAAUUUGUAUAUUUGCAUGCCCCUUGUUGCAGGAUAGCCUUUUCAAAGUGGUAGCAUCUCAUCAUUAUCGUGGCCAUAGAGCAAUGAUCAACCACAGCCACUCAAUUCAGACUAAAUCAUUAAUUUUCAUUGACAUUUUAAUUACUCGUUAAACAUUAUUUGUAUUGGGUGGACCAACAUGCUAUCUUAGAAAGACUCAAUAAAGAUUAGAUCGAAUCAGGACAAUUGAGCUAAUAUGAUUUAAGCAGAAAGAUUUGCAAAAUAUUUUAUUGCUCAAUCUAAUAAUAAGAAAAUUAUUUAUAGGUCUUCACAGGAUAUUUUAAAGAUGAGUUAAUAAUAAUAUAUCACAUUAUAUCAGAAUUUUUUUUUAAUCAAACACUUGUUUGAACAUAUUAAUUACAAUAAAUUAGAUUUUCUCCAUGCUUGAAGUUUAAAGAAUUUUCAUGCAAAGGGUGUGCUAUAUAUGAUAAUGUAAAUUGUUUUGAACAGUUUGACAUUUUGAAUUAAAUUGAUUUUUAAGACUGAACACACACUACACAAGGGAAGGGACCAUGCCAUGCCACUUUGGAAUUUGUUUUUGGUGGUAUGCUAUAAAUCAUUGGUGUAAAUUCUUCCCUUUGAUCGACAAAUAAAAACAGACCUUCUUCCUCUCUAAGCUUCUGACCAACCUUCUCCCUCUGUACAUUAAAUAACCCGAAACAUAGGUGGAAAGAUACCCACCAUGUCUUUUCCUACGUCCUAGACCAUAAUGUCUAAGCCCAGAUUCUCUGUUGAUCUUCCCGUAUUAGACAUUUCUCAGCCAUUAGAGUCAUCCUCUUUAUCUUCCCUUUCGAAAGCCUGCAAGGACUGGGGAUUUUUUCACAUAAUCAACCAUGGAAUCUCCAAAGAUCUAUUCAGACAGCUUCACUCAUUGUCUCAAUCUCUCUUCAACCUCCCUUCUGAUACUAAGCUCAAACUUGGCCCUUUCUCCCCCGUAAAAUCUUACACUCCUCACUUCAUUGCUUCUCCUUUCUUUGAGAGCCUCAGAGUUAAUGGGCCUAACUUCUAUGUUUCUGCUAAGAGUUCUGCAGAUGUCCUCCUUGGCAAACAGAACUAUGAAUUCAGUGAGAUACUUCAUGAAUAUGGAAACAAGAUGGCAGCAUUGUCGGAGAAAAUCCUGAAGCUUGUUCUGAUGAGUCUAGGAGAAGGAUAUGAGAAGAAAUACUAUGAACCAGAGUUCAAGAACUGCCAUGGUUACCUCAGGAUAAACAACUACUCUGCCCCAGAAACCAUGGAAAAAGAAGUUGAAGGGCUUGGGAAGCACACGGACAUGAGCUGUAUCACUGUAUUAUACCAGGAUGACAUAGGAGGGCUUCAAGUGAGAUCAAAGGAAGGAAAUUGGGUAGACAUAGACCCUUCAGAAGGUACACUUGUGGUUAACAUAGGGGACAUGCUUCAAGCUUGGAGUAAUGAGAAGUUAAGGUCUUCUGAGCAUAGGGUAGUUCUGAAACAGCCAGUGAAUAGGUUUUCUCUGGCUUUCUUUUGGUGCUUUGAGGAUGAGAAGGUGGUGGUGGCACCAGAUGAAGUGGUUGGAGAAGGAUGCAAGAGGUUGUACAGGCCAUUUCUGUGCUUGGAGUAUUUGAAAUUCAGAGAGAAUAAUGAAAAGGGAAGGUUUGAAAAGGUAGGUUUCACUGUUACAGAUUUUGCUGGGAUUAAGGCUCAACUCUAAGUGUCUGCUAGGGUUUGGUUUGUAAAAAAGGUAGAUAUAAUCAAUUAUAAAUAAAUCUUUAAUUA